CUGCUAAAAACAGCUCGGGCACCUCCUCUGAACCUGGGCCUGAAACAAUGUCUUCCACCGAAAAAACCAUAAAGGGCACUUGAUCAACCCAAUCCUUGGAAUUAUUUCCAGCAAACACUUGCAGAAACCAUUUGGAGCACGCUUUCCCUGGCAGUGCACAGGGGGACGGCCAGGAGAUGAGCGCAUCUUUGAAUUACAAGUCUUUUUCCAAAGAGCAGCAGACCAUGGAUAACUUGGAGAAACAACUCAUCUGUCCGAUCUGUUUAGAAAUGUUCACGAAGCCCGUGGUUAUUCUCCCCUGUCAGCAUAACCUGUGUAGGAAAUGUGCCAGUGAUAUUUUCCAGGCCUCUAACCCAUAUUUGCCCACAAGAGGAGGUACCACCGUGGCAUCAGGGGGUCGAUUUCGCUGCCCAUCCUGUAGACAUGAAGUGGUUCUGGACAGACAUGGGAUAUAUGGCCUUCAGAGGAACCUGCUGGUGGAAAAUAUCAUUGACAUCUACAAGCAAGAGUCCACCAGACCAGAAAAGAAGUCCGACCAGCCCAUGUGUGAGGAGCAUGAGGAGGAACGCAUCAACAUCUACUGUCUGAACUGUGAGGUGCCUACCUGCUCUCUGUGCAAGGUCUUCGGGGCACACAAGGAUUGCCAGGUGGCACCCCUAACUCACGUGUUCCAGAGGCAGAAGUCUGAGCUCAGUGACGGCAUCGCUGUCCUCGUGGGAAGCAAUGACCGAGUCCAGGGAGUGAUCAGUCAGCUGGAGGACACCUGUAAAACUAUUGAGGAAUGCUGCAGAAAACAGAAACAGGAACUCUGUGAAAAGUUUGAUUACCUGUAUGGCAUCCUGGAGGAGAGGAAAAAUGAAAUGACCCAAGUCAUUACACGAACCCAAGAGGAGAAACUGGAACAUGUCCGUGCUCUGAUCAAAAAGUAUUCUGAUCAUUUGGAAAAUGUGUCAAAGUUGGUUGAAUCAGGAAUCCAGUUCAUGGAUGAGCCAGAAAUGGCAGUGUUUCUGCAGAAUGCCAAAACCCUGUUACAAAAAAUUUCUGAAGCAUCGAAGGCAUUUCAGAUGGAGAAAAUAGAACAUGGUUAUGAGAACAUGAACCACUUCACAGUCAACCUCAAUAGAGAAGAAAAAAUCAUCCGUGAAAUUGAUUUUUACAGAGAAGAUGAAGAUGAAGAAGAAGGAGAAGAAGGAGAAGGAGGAGAAGGAGAAGGAGGGGAAGGAGAAGGGGAAGAAGCAGAAGUGGAAGAGGUAGAAAAUGUUCGAACAGAGUCAUCAGGAGAAGAGGAAAGUCCAGAGAAAGCCUUGGAGCCCUCUCAGCUGGCCUCAGAGCUCCAGGCUGCCACAGGGGCACUUCCAGUUUUCUCCCCAGAGCCACCUCCAGCCCUGCCACCCACUGCAGAUGUCCCAGUGACACAGGGGGAGGUUGUGCCCACUGGCUCUCAGCAGACCACAGAGUCUGAAACUCCAGUCCCUGCAGCAACGGACCCUGCGGAUCCAAUGUUUUAUCCUAGUUGGUAUAAAGGCCAAACCCGGAAAGCCACCACCAACCCACCUUCCACCCCAGGGAGCGAAAGUCUGGGACACAUAGGGCCUCCUGGUUCUGAGGAUUCGAAUGUGCAGAAGGCAGAAGUGGCAGAAGCUGCCGCCAGUGAGAGGGCAGCAGUGAGUGGAGUUAGUAAUCUGCCUAGCACUUUUGGCUUUUCUUAUACUUCACUACAUCUGGCGUCAGAUUCAGUGCUUGGUUUUUACUUUAAUGGAUUGGAUUUGAGGACCCUCCCCUCCAGGUACAGGCCGCAGCUUCAGGGAGUGGGAACGGAGCUGGUUCUGAGCCAGCCCGUCAUGUCUUCUCCUUUUCCUGGUUGA